AUGCAAUAUUGGGUGCUUCUGCCUCUGUUGUUGUUUGGCUGGCUCGCCUGCGCAUGCAACGCACAGGCAGUUGAUAUCCCUGCGGCGCGACCGAGCCUGGAGGACCGGAGGUUCCGUUCCAACACAAUUGAGGAGGUCAUUGCCAACUACACUGGGCGCAUGAAGGACAAGGAUCUCGCCACAUUGUUUGAAAACUGCUUUCCGAACACGUUGGAUACAACCGUCAUACGGGCCUCCGAACAGGACAGCUUUAUCAUCACUGGUGACAUUAACGCCAUGUGGUUACGGGACUCCAUGUUUCAGGUGCUGCCGUACAUUCCCUUUGCAAAACAGGAUCCGAAGCUGAUGGAGAUGCUGCAUGGGCUGGUGCGGCGCCAUCUGCAGUCCGUGUUGAUCGAUCCCUACGCCAAUGGGUUCAACGAGUUUGCCAACGGCAAUCAUUUCGUGCCUGACAACAGGAUC